GCUAAAACUCAAACCCAAAACUCACUCAAAAUGAAUACUUUGAUCGCUUUGUCCGCUCUCUUGGGUCUGGCCGUUGCCGUCCCAUCCCAUGAUGUCGUGUCAUACGGCGCGCCGGCAGUGCUCGCCGGACACGGUUUGGGCUACGGUCUGGGUCUCGGACACGGAUACGCCGGACACGGUUUGGCCACCGCUUACUCCAGCCGUAUUGCUCACGGAUACGGUCACGGAUACGCCGCCCCCGCCGUCCUCUCGCACGGUCUGACCGGACCCGCCGUCCUGUCCGCCCACGCUUAUGGCGCCCCCGCAGUCCAUGCCGGCUAUGGUUAUGGUCAUGGCAUCGGUGCCCCCAUCAUCCGCUCGGCCUAUGCCGGUCACGGAUACGCCGCCCCCGCCAUCUAUGGUGCCGGAGUAGUCAGAUCUUAUGGCGCGCCAGUGAUCAGCGGUUACGGUCACGGACUCGCCGCCCCCCUCGCCGUCGGUAAGGUCUGGUAAAUACUGGUCACCCGAUCGCCGAUGUCUUUCAUUUCUAUCAAACAC